AUAUGUUUACAAAAACUGUUCACAUUUCAUGUAUAUCAAUAAAUAAUAUGCCAAGUUGAUAAAAGUAUUUUGUAUAUAAAUAAGGAAAGUAAUACAAUAAAAUGACUCCCAAUCUUGGUGGUUGGAUUCAUAGCUUCACAGUUACGGACACGCUAACCCAUAAAGCCGGUUAUACUAUAUACAAAAUUACUUCAAUCGUAUUUCCAAGGGCUCUACCUCAAGCUCUAACCUGCUUAACAAUUUGGAAACGUUUUCAUGAUAUAAAACGUUUACAUCGAGAGCUAUCACGUCGACAUCGUAGUCUUAAAUUGCCAGGGCAGCUUCCUGAACCAACAGAUUGUAGUUUUUUCAAACGGUUCGACGCAAAUGUUAUAUGUCGGCGAAAGGAAUACAUUUUGCAGCUACUGGAUUUCGCUGCGCAACAUCCGGCGCUCUACAAAUGUCAUGCAUUCACACAGUUCUUUAGUGAAGCGCAACAAACCGUAGUGGGAGGAGUUGCAAAUAGUAAUCAAAAUAACUUAAGGGCCACAAAAAAGGCAUCACCGUUGCAUCAAUUGUAUACCGAAGAUUGUCUUAAAGGUGGAGCGAUAGCGGAAAUAUGUGAUACACUUGAUUUACUUUACGACCCUUAUGAUAUAGACGUCAGCAUCGCCUCACUUGAUCCCUUGAACACGCAAUUGGAAAAUAUAGAUGAACAGAACACUGUUGGCGUAAAACCACAUUUAAACGAUUAUGGUAGUAACUCACUGGCAUUAGAUUUGGAAAAUGCAAGCAAACCAAAAUUAAACGAUCAUGUUAGCUUGGAGGAGACUCCUUGCAAAGAUUACAAACGUUUCCUAACGCCUAUGGCUUCAAUUGAAAGUGAAGAUAGCGACUAUAUUUAUGAAGCAGCAUUAGAAUUUAGUAAAGCAGUUCAAUCCGAAGCAAAUUUAGAAUUUCAGGAGGCUCAUGCGCGUUAUAAGCGUGGCGUUGAAGUAUUGUUGAUUGGGUCUAAAGAUGAUACCAAUGAUGAUCGUAAAUUCAUUGCAAAAGCUAAAAUUUCGAAAUAUCUUGCACGAGCAGACGACAUAUAUGAGAAAAUUUUGACUAAUAAUUCCAAAGUUGGAGUUUGGCACGGUACGAGGAAUUUUCAGUUAUCUAUCGAUGUGACAGAGUGUACAGUUGAUGGCAGACUUUCUGUAUAUCUCGAACGUCCAUGGAACCACUUGGCCAAAUAUAAAGUCUUAAAAAUUCUAGGAGAGAGUGUAAUGCAGGUUUAUUGUGUGACAGAACCUGAACCACGAACAACAUAUGUGAUGAAAGGCAUUGAAAAACCAUCCAGUAAUGUACCUACACAAACCGUUUUUUUGCCACAACACGUACCUUUUAUGGUAGAUCUAUUGGCAUUCUUUCAGUCAGAACAGAAAAUCUUCUUACUAUUAAACCAUGCGGAAGGUGGGCGUCUGUAUGACUAUGUGCGAUCAUACACACCGACGGUAGCGUCGAGAGGAAGCAAUUAUUUCUCUGCUUUAUUUCCGGACGAUGUGGAUUCUCAAACAUCAAAUAUCACCAAUGCGUCGGCAGUUGUUGCGGAAAGCUUUUAUAACGACAAUAACGGUUAUGAAGAAGAUACUCGCCUUUCCAGUACAGCUAAAGCAAAUGAUCAACUCAUAGUUCCUUCUGAAUCUGAGGAAUUUAGAGAGUUAGUGCGCUCGUCCCAUAAACUGCUCCAAUCAGUGUCCAAAACAUUGCAUCAGAUAAAACAAUUGGAAGACAUAACACAGGAGACGGAUAAAAUGGGUGGUACAUCAUUUAGAAAUUUAGAGUGCCAAUCAUCUCCGCUCAUGAAUAAGAGUAUUAUUAAACACUCGAAAAUUCCAGAAGCUAGUUUAAAACAAUGGAUGCGAGAGUUAGCGGUUGCUAUACACAGCUUGCAUGGAAAAGGUGUUAUAUUGAGCGAUCUUCGCAUGGAUAAUUUGCUGCUUGGUUCAAAAGGUCAAUUAUUACUGACGUAUUUUUAUCAAAAUGAAGGGCUCAGUGAUUCCGAUAAUUAUAUGCACAAAGCUUACAGUCAGACAGCAUUAGACGGUCACUACGUGGCUCCUGAACGUCCACUCACAUUAAAAUCAGACUGGUGGAGUUAUGGUAUUAUACUCUACGAAUUACUAAUAGGAAUCUCUUUCAAAUUAGCACAUCCUGGCAGCAUUGAUUUGUACGGCUUUGUACAAUACCCCGAAAAUAUUGAAAUAUCGGAGUGUGCUAAGGAUUUGAUAGAAACGCUCUUGCAACAAACGCCAGAGCAUCGUGCAGGUUAUGAACAAAUACAAAAUCAUGCAUUCUUCAUCGGUACGGAUUGGCAGACUUUGCAACGCAAUGAUUUGAAUCACAAAAAUAUUAAUAACGACACAUAAACUGAUAUACAAGCAUAUAAAAACUAUAAUACAAAUACAUAUAUACAUACAUAUGUAUGUACCCGUA